UUUCCUUCCUUCCCUCCCGUCGCCGCCUGAAACCGCGACAGCAAGGGUCGUAGGAGCAAGGACGACGACGAGAAGGCUCGGUUCGGCUCUUCCCAGUCUCUCCGAGGGAGGAAGGAGAGGAUCGGAGGGUGCGAUGGCGAUCGACCACGAGUCCCCGUUCAAGGAGCUCCGCCUCAAGAACCGCAGGAUCAUGGGCGGCGGCGGCCCUGACCCUGAGCCGGAGGAGGAGGAGGAGGUCGCCACGGCGGCGUACGCGGGGCAGUGGCCGCGCUGGCUGCAGCCGCUGCUUUCGGCGCGCUUCUUCGCGCACUGCAGGACGCACGGCGACUCGCACCGCAGCGGCGAGUGCAACAUGUUCUGCCUGGACUGCUCCGCCGCGGGCGCGGGCGCGGGCGCGCGCGCCCUGUGCUCGCUGUGCCUGGCGCAGGCCCACCGCGACCACCACACCAUCCAGAUCCGGCGCUCCUCCUACCACGACGUCAUCCGGGUGUCCGACAUCCAGCGCUUCAUGGACAUCGCCGGGGUGCAGACCUACGUCAUCAACAGCGCCCGCGUCGUCUUCCUCAACGAGCGGCCCCAGCAGCAGAGGCCUGGAUGCAAGGCCGCGUCGGCGUCCGCCAACCUCUGCGAGGUGUGCGCCCGCAGCCUCCUCGACAACUUCCGCUUCUGCUCCCUCGGAUGCAAGGUCGUGGGCUGCUCCCCCGACGCCGCCAAGGCCAGGAGCUGGCUCCUCCGGCCCGCCGUCGGCGGCAGCGGCGACGGCGACUCCACGUCCUCCUCGCCGCUGCGCGACGCCCAGAAGAGGCAGAGCUUCACCCCGCCCACGCCGCAGCCGGCGAAGCGCCGCAAGGGCAUCCCGCACCGCGCGCCGUUCGGCAGCUUCAUCGUCGAGUACUAGCUCCCUCUCUCUCCGUCUCCACGGCGGCGGCGGCGGCUGCAUUGGCAGUGGCACUACACAGCACACGCGCGGUAAAGCAGGGAAAAAAUAUAUAUACUCUUGAAUGAACCAACGGAAUUGAGCAGCACAGAGUGAGUCAGUGAAUUCAGGUCAUGUCUGAAUCAAUCCGCCAUUACAGGGCAAUGGGACUGGGACGGCCACCACUUCCUUUUGCCGUGACACACUCUGGCUGGCUGGCUGGUGGUGCUUCUCGAGGUGGAUGCCAUUCGGUCGCUGCUGGCUUUGCUUUCCACAAAGGGAGGGGAGGAAAGAAAGGUUGAGGAAGAAUCAAAACACUGGCUUUUCAUCACUGUUGCUAGGCUCUCUGAUAUAGAAAUAUAUAUGUACAUUUUUAGCCUUGUCCUGUUUCAAAUCAUCAUAGUGGAGCAUUAUAGCUAGCUAGCUUUUUUUACUAGAUUAUUCGUCUGAAGAAAAGAAACCAUGGUUCAGGAGAU